AUGAGCUCGUCAGAUAUUGCUUUGAAACCGAAGCGGAUGCCUCCGUGGAUGUCGAUGCCAGGAGCUCCACCACGACCAGAUGGCUCUGCCUUUGGGAGCAAGAUAGCUCCACUUCUCGCUGAGAAACAAAAGUGCUUUGAUGAGCUUAAAGAAUUGCAGAAGGCCAUGGAGGACAGCAAGAGGAGUGACACUGAUGAGGAGGGGAAACUCAUGCAGGAGAGGCUAAAGGUUAUCGAUGAUGAGCUGCGUGCGCAAAAUACACUUCGUGUGGGGAAAAACACUGAGAUAUCGAAGUUGAGGCAACAGUCCCGUGACGCAAACAAAGAACUUAAGGCUCUCCAAUCAGAGCUCGGCGGGCUUUCGAAUGCCAAAGAGAUUGAUCUAGCAAUCGAGCAAGUGAUGCGCAAGAUGGAAACGAGCGGGGGAGGCCUAAGCGCUGAAAAGCGGACACUUAAGCGUCUGCAGCAAUUGGAGGAAGCCAAAGGUCUCUUCUUUAAAGUGCAAACCCUUACUGAGACCAUCCGAGACGCCGAAGAGCGUGAGGCGCUGCUUCAGCAAGAAUAUCGUGAAAUUCACCAGCGCAUCGGCACACUGAACCGUGAGCUCGAGACGAACCUCCAGGUGAAACGUGAGAAAAAUAAGGAGGCUCAAGCAUCGGGUACUGUCCGCAGCGAAAUAUACAAGAAGUGCCUCGAGGUUCGAGCCCGCAUCACGGCCAUUAACAAACAAAUAAACGAGCUUCGCGCCGAGCACAACAAGGUUAGCGAAACGUGGAAUGCUUGGUGCGAUGAGGCUCGCAAGAAGUACAAUGAGAAGCUUCAGGCCGAGCUCGAGGAGCGAAAACGCCGCCAACAGGAAAGGAUUGACGCCGCCAAAAGUCGAAGAAAAGAGUACCUUUUAAAGAAACGUCAACACGAGCACGAGGUGGAGAUCAGUGCGUGCGUAACCCUAAUGGAAUAUCUUCGUGACAAGAGGCGUGUUAUACGUGAGGAGGAGGAAGAGAAGGCUAAGCUGCAAGCAGCAGCGGAUUUUGAUCCCGUAAAAGUUGCUCCCGAAGGCUUUGCAGUAUUGAAUGAGGGCAAGUGGACUUCACAUACGUCACUGAGCCGGUCUGCGAAGAAGCAACAAAAACGCCAGCAAAAGGCCUCCCAGCUGAAUAAACCGGCAACUCAGAAGCCCGUCCACCAUCCAAAGGAAAUAGUGGAGCUUUUCCACAGGGUUGGGCUCGAGCCUCCAGUUUCCGUUGCCGAUUUCGACGGUAGUGUGGUUAAAAUAAGGGAAAAGAAAAAUGAGUUCGAGUCUAUUAUUGUAUCAGAGGCUGAGCUAUCGAGUGAAGACGAACCUGAAGCCGAAAAGGCGCCACAGCAGGACUCAACGGAAUGCAACGAUCAAGCCAACAUAGGGGUGAAAGAGGAGGCGCACAAGGAGGGGGAUGAAGUCGCUGCCUCAUCAUAA